AUGGCGCUUAUUGUUGACAAGCACAGGCCGAGGUCUCUCGAUGCCCUCACCUAUCAUACCGAAUUGUCGGAGAGGUUACGGUCACUUGCGCAAAGCGGUGACUUUCCUCACCUUCUUGUCUACGGUCCUUCCGGCGCAGGAAAGAAGACCCGGAUUGUUGCUACUCUCAAAGAGUUGUACGGCCCAGGUGUAGAGAAGAUCAAGAUCGACGCCCGUGUUUUCCAAACCAGCAGCAACCGCAAGCUCGAGUUCAACAUUGUCGCAUCAGUGUACCACCUCGAAAUCACCCCGUCCGAUGUCGGAAAUUACGACCGAGUCGUGGUUCAGGACCUCCUCAAGGAGGUGGCGCAAACACAACAAGUAGAUCUGUCGGCGAAGCAGAGGUUCAAGGUGGUGGUCAUCAACGAGGCCGACCACCUCACCAGAGACGCCCAGGCCGCCCUCCGUCGGACCAUGGAGAAGUACUCGCCCAACCUGCGCCUAAUCCUCCUCGCCAACUCGACAGCCAACAUUAUCGCACCCAUCCGAUCGCGAUGCCUGCUGGUGCGUGUAGCGGCUCCGACACACAAAGAGAUCUGUGACGUCCUUGCUUCAUCGGCGAAGAAGGAGGGUUGGCCGAUUGUCAAGGGUCUACACCAGAGGAUAGCUGAGGAAAGCGGAAGGAAUCUUCGCAGAGCGCUGUUGAUGUACGAGGCGGUAUAUGCGCAAAAUGAGAAAGUCACAGAUAGCACGCCCAUACCACCCCCGGACUGGGAGGCUCUCAUCGGCCAAAUCGCCAAGGAGAUUAUGGAGGAGCAUACACCAGCACGCAUCCUCCAAGUCCGAGCGAAGCUUUACGACCUUUUGACGCACUGUAUCCCCGCGACGAUCAUCCUGAAGACGCUCACAUUCAAACUGAUCCCCCUGAUCGACGACGCACUGAAAGCGGAUGUAAUCUACUGGUCGGCCUUCUAUGAACAUCGCAUUAGGACGGGUACCAAGGUGAUUUUCCAUCUGGAGGCGUUUGUGGCCAAGUUUAUGAGGAUAUUCGAGAUGUAUCUGAUGAUGAGCAUGGACUUGUGA